GAUAUAAGUCCGAAAUUGCUAAUAAAAUUAACUUUAAACAAUGGACUCAGCUAUGACUUACGAAGAGGAUGACCAGAACCUUCCUUGAGAAUACCAGUUCCUUAGUGCCAUUAAGAAGGCCUGAUGGGGCCUUGACCUCGGCAUUGUCUUCCUCCUGGGAUAUAACUAUUGAAGGUUUGAACUUAGUUAUAGAAGAGAGAGUUUUGUCCAACUAGCUGGGAUUUUACAGAAUUAUUUGGAGACGCAGAAACUUGGGGAGAAUGAACUUGAUAGGAUUUAUAGGAAAUUGUAUAUUCAGGAUACUCUUGGAGAGGUUCUGGGGUUUGAAUGAUUUGGAAAUGAAAGAGAGGCUUUUGAAGAGGUUAAUGAAGAAAUACAGCUUAUUAUCAAGAAAUGAAGAAGGAAGAUGUACCAGAAAGCAAAUCCUAUUACGAGUCAAACUUUUGAGGGGCAGAUUGAGCCUUCUUUCGCAUCAGUUGGAGCUGAUCAAAGAGAUGAUGAAGAAGACAAAUUAGACGAUAGAUUAGAACCUCUUCAAAAUUAUGGAUCAAGAGUUUAUUCAGAAUUUGAUGAAGAACUAGAAUUUAGAGAGCCUGAAAAAGCAUUAAAUAUUAAAUAAAGCUCAUUCUAGAAAAAGAAAUGCAAGUCAAAUUGACACCUUUGCAGAGAAAACUGACUAUUCUUGCCAAAAUAUCAAUCUGCAGCCCCAAUACACCUACCAAUCUGCUCCUCAUAACAGCUUUCACCCCCAAAACCACGCUCCUACCUCUCUAUCCCAGCCAAACCCUGACUACCAAUUAGCUAUGGACUCAUUUUCAAAAGAACAAGAAGAACUCAAGGAAGCCCAGCACAAUCGUCACAAAAUAGAAGAGAGUGAUCACCAGCUAGCUCAACAGACUUACCUCAAACUGAACAACACAGAGCUAACAUGCCCAAUAUGUAACCAGCCAAUGGCUGAAUCAAUGGAGACUCUCGACUGCCAACACGUCGUCCACCCCCACUGCAAAUACCUCCCUUGCCCUUGCUACAAGCAAGAGUCUAUUCCAGCUUAAAUCUCUCUCCACUAAUCCUUUCAGUAUAAAAUUCCCC